AUGCUAUUAAAUUCAAGCAUCAGACAAGUGAAGCCAUGCAUCCCUCUAUUGAGAACAUUAACACAUCUGUAUCCCAAGGCCAUUCUUACAAAACAGCUACAAUAUAGAAGGCUUUACGCAACUAGUCAGAAUGAAACAAAGAAAGAAAAUGGAAAGAAUAAUUCUACUACCGAUAAGCAAAAAGCAGAUAAAAAGUCCAAUGGUAGACCCAGUAUGUUAUGGCCAAAGUUGAAAACAUUAACAAGCUUUACAUUAUCUGGAUCUCUUAUUCUUGGUGGGAUUGGUAUAUCUGCCAUUGUAUUGUACCUAAUCAUUUCAGAAUUAUUUUCACCAUCAGGAGAUACGCAAUUAUUUAAUAGAGCGGUUACAAUGGUUGAAAAGGAUCCCACUGUAAGGGAUAUGUUACAAUGUAAAGACUCCGCUCUUCGUAAAGAAAGGUUAAAGGCAUAUGGUGAACUAAUUACUCAUGACAGAUGGACAAGGAAUAGACCAAUUGUUUCCACGAAGAAGUUAGAUAGAAGCGGAAUUACUCAUCAUUUUAUGAGAUUUCAUGUUGAAUCAAAGAAGAAAAGAGCGCUUGUACAUAUUGAAGCAAAAGAUUCUCAAACAAAUUACCAACCGGACUUCACUACUGUUUAUGUGGAUAUCCCUGGAGAAAAGAGGUUUUACUUAAUAAGACCUAAAUUGGCCCAAAUUGUAAAGCCAACGGGCUUCCUUGGUGUAAACUGGGGACCGAGGAAAAGUUAA